AUGUCUUGGCGCGAGCUCCUGCCCCCCUGGCUGGUGAUCGUGGCAGGCCUGACUGGCAUCGUGCUGCUUUGUGUCUCCACUAAAGAUGUGCCUCUCACCCCUCUUGGGACCAAGUAUGGCCUUGUUCUGGAUGCUGGUCCAUCCCACACCAUCCUCUUCAUCUACCAGUGGAGCACCACCAAGGCCAACAGGACUGGGGUGAUCAGGGAAUGCAGUUCCUGUGCUGUGCAAGGUCUAGGAGUCUCCAACUACUCAGAUUCUCCUCAGAAAGCAAGGAAGAGCUUGGAGCCAUGCUUGAAGUGGGCCCAGAAGGAGAUCCCAGCAGAGCAGCACAGCCAAACCCCCCUCUACCUGGGAGCAACCACCAGCAUCAGGCAGCUGAACCUCAGCCAUCCCAUCCUCUCUGACACUGCCCUUGCAGACCUGACUGUGGCCCUGAAGUCAUCCCCCUUUGACUUUCAGGGGGCACAAGUCCUGCCCAGUCCAAACAAGGAAGCAUUCAAUUGGGUUGCUGUUAACUAUGUCCUGCAGAACUUCUUCAAGUACGACUGGCGAGGACAGUUGGUCCCCUCUGGGAAGGGGAUGGCAGGAGUCCUGUCUGUGGGAGGAACCUCCACACAGCUCACUUACAAGGUGGAAGAAGAGAACCAGGCACCAAAAGAUGGAGUGAGGCUGCAGCUGUAUGGGCAGACACACAAGGUGUACACUCACCACUGCCCCUGCCACGGCACGGACCAGCUCCGCAGCAGGCUCCUCGCCACGCUCAUCCAGGAUCAGAGAAGUGCUCAGACCGUGUGGAACCCCUGCUGGCCCCUCGCCUACUCCCGGGAGGUGCAGUGGCAGUCCCUGCAGGCAGGGCCCUGUGCCACCAGGGGUGACACAAGGCACAGCCCUGGCCCUGAGGAGGUCUUCAACAUCAGCGGCUCCAGCAAUGCCACCGCCUGCAUGGGGCUAGUGCAAGGCCUGCUCAACUCUUCCUCCUCCUGCAGCUUCCUCAUGCAUUCCCUCAGCAAGCCCAGGACCAGGUUUCUAGUGAUUUCUGAGGCCAUGGACUUGGUGAGAGAAACUGGCCCUUCCCCUGACCUGGGACAGGCAGUCAACAGGCUUUGUGGGAUGUCCAUCAAAGAGCUGGCUAGGGAGUCCCAGAGAAGCCUGGAUUCACUUGCUGACUACUGCCUCACCUCUGCCUACAUCUUUCAACUCAGUACAAAGGGCUACACCUUGGACUUGGAUGGGUCUGUCUGGACUGCAUUCCAGAAGAUGGGUGACACAUCAUCUGGCUGGACACUUGGGUACCUGCUGAGUGUGAGCAGCACCACCCCUCAGGACAGCCCAAGCUUCCUCAAGGGGAUUGACUCAGGAGUGUGGUCUCUGCUCCUCAUCCUCUUUGUCGUGCUGCUCACUGGCUCCUUCAUGCGCAUCUCCUACCGAGUGAUGGUGAAGGAGAGCAGCUUCAGCAACAGGACCAGCAGUGUUUUUGCUGACCACUGA